UUUCGUCUUUUCUCUUCCUCCGUGCGCCUCUCUCUCCCCGCUCUCUCGCUCUGUCCGUCUUCUCUCCAGAUCCUUUUCGGCCGCUUGCUUCUCCUCUCCCGCCCUCGUUUCUCUCUUCUUUUUUCCUCUCUCCGUGUUUUGCCUCUCCUUCUCUGCCAGGUUUUUCGUCUCACUCGCAGCGGCUCCCUGCCUUCUUUUCGAGAUUCCCCUUGGCUCACGCGCUCAUCUUUGUGUCCGCGCAUCUCGUCUUCGUUCCUUCUUCUCUCGUCGUUUGCCUCUCUCUCUCUCCCUUUUAAAGUAUAUAAAUAUAUACAUAUAUAUGCGUUAUAUAUAUGUUGUGCUUACUCCGUCUUGUUCUCCUCCUCGCUCUGUCUGGGCCGGUUCGUCUUCCUCUUCUCGGUCUGUCGUUUUCUCCCUGCUCUUUCUCCCUUCCUUUCUUCCUCUCGUUCCCUCGUUUUCCUUUCUGACUCUCUUUGUUUCCUUUCGGGAUAUGCGUUCCGUGGAAAUGGCGACUCUCCCGGCGGCGGAUCCUUCGCAGGUGAACGCCCCAGCGAAUGCGAAUAUCCAAGCGGUCUGGAAGCUGAACGAGCUGGAACUGCGACACAACCUGACCGGCGAAGCCUCUUGGCACUGGCAGUACCGAAACUCUUCCUACAUCUUCAUUGGAGGCCUCGACGUCAGACUGACCGAAGGAGACAUCAUCAUUGUCUUUUCCCAGUGGGGGGAACCGAUCGACAUCCACCUCGUCAGGGAUAAAAAAACAGGCGCUCCGAAGGGAUUCUGUUUCCUCGCUUACGAAGAUCAACGCUCCACAAUUCUGGCCGUGGACAACGCAAAUGGCAUGAAACUGUUGAAUGGCACUCUUCGCGUCGACCACUGCAAGAACUACAGACCUCCGCGGAAAGACGAUGACGAGGCGGGGACGUACGAGGCGACCGGAGCGGAAGGCGGCGGCAUUGGAGUGUACCGAGUGACAGAAGACGAGAAAAGGAAAGCAGCUGCGUUAGCGCAGGCUGAGCGUUUGCAGAAGGAGACAGAAGCUUUGCAGACGAAGAUGGGAGGGAGACGAGGGAAAGACGUAGAUGAAAUGUGGGCUGAAGAAUUUGAGGAAAUGCUGAAGAAGGUGAACGAAGACGCAGAGGAAGAGGCGAAGGAGGUCUUGCGAGCGGAACGGAGAAAGCAGAAGGAGGAGAAGAAACGCGAGAAGAAGGAAAAGAAACGCGAGAAGAAGGAGAUGAAGAAAUGGAGAAAAGAAGCUAAACGACGAAGGCUGAACGACUCUCUCGACGGGGACAGAGAACGAGAAGGACACAGGGGAGACCGCAGAAGAGACGGCCGAGAGAGAAGCGAGGAAGCUAGAGAAACAAGAGAAGCGAUGAGAGAGGGAAGACGAAGAGAGUCGUCAAGCGACAGCGAUGAAACCGGUAGCACCUCCUCCAGUUCCAGCAGAGAUUCGGACUCUGGAGACGACAGACGGAGAGACAGAGAUGAAUGGAGAGGUGAACGGAGAGAUGGAAGAAGAGUGAGAGAUGAGAGAAGAGACAGAGAUGAGAGAAGAGACAGAGAUGGAAGAAGAGACAGAGAUGAGAGAAGAGAGAGGGAUGAGAGAAGAGACAGAGAUGGAAGAAGAGACAGAGAUGAAAGAAGAGACAGAGACCGAGGAAAAGAGAGAGAUGAAGACACGGAGAGACGGGACCGUGACAAGGAAAGAGGAGGGAGGUAAAAAACGAGAUACAGAUGUGAGAAGAGAUGUGAAGAUGGGCAUGUUAAAAUCAUCCAGGAGAAAGCCAGUGUUGUCUUUGGAAAAGCAAGCAACAAAGAAAGACAGAAAAAGAACUGCUGUCCCAGACUGGAUUUGGCUUAUACACAGGCAUACGGUGUGGCUUGGAAAACAAACGACAGAGGGAGCGAAACGGUUCAUCGCUUUUUCAGAAAAAUUCGCUGUCGGAGUCUCUCGACGGUGAAACUGCGUAUCCGUGAGAGACUCCGGAGACGCAGAAAGUCUCAGGGCAUUCCGGCGUUUCUUGCCAGAGUGGUACGCUGUCUUUUCCUGAAAAAUCUCUCUUCGUUUUCUAAUCUUUUCAAUCAAUCCAUCGUCCAUGAACGAGAAAGGGUGAAAUCAAGGUUCCUGUGUCUCCUCUGUUUUCUGUUUAAAACUCAUGUGUACCCCUGGGUAAACUCUUUUUUUUCUUCUCUUCCGGCUUCUCUGCGGUCUUCUUCCUUCUUGUUUCUUCUCUCGUGAAUUCGUGCAGUUCUGCCGAACAUCUGAAGCUCUUUUUUCAAGU